AUGCCUAGUUUCACGUCGCAUAUCUCUUUUCUUCUGUUGAUGCUGCUAUGUGCCGUGACAUUCCACAGAAUCAUCUGCUGCCAUGACAGGGAUCGAACUCUGCUGUUAAUCUUCAAACAAGGCAUUGCUGAUCCUUCCGGCCGGCUUUCCUCUUGGUCCCCUACUCACCAAGAUUGUUGUUCAUGGCUUGGAGUUACUUGUACUCUCAACACCAGCAGGGUCCAAUAUCUUUAUUUGAACAACAUAAAGAAAAAUGGUUCAGAAUCCUUGAAAGGUGAAAUCAACUUAUCUUCUUUACUUGCGCUUGAAUUUCUAGAAGAAUUGGACUUGAGGUACAAUGACUUUGAACGCAUAAGCACACCAUCUAUAAAUUCUUCUGUUGUUGGUCAUAGUCAUUUACCUGCAAAUUUUUCUCUGCUUCAUCGCCUGGACUUAUCACACAACAAGCAUAAUCUUCAUGUUGAUAAUCUUCAUUGGCUCUCUCGAUUUCCUUCCCUGGUAUAUCUUGAUCUCAGUCGCAUUCAUCUUCCUAGUGAAACGAAUUGGGUUCAAACAUUGGCUUCGCUACCUCUGGGGGAAUUGCAUUUGCAAGAUUGUAAUUUGACCAGCUCUAUUUUAUCUGUCGGAGAUGCCAAUUUUAGCUCAGUUUUAAGUCUUGGUCUCAGUCUAAAUGAUUUUCGAUUUGGAAUACCUAAUUGGUUGUUCAAUCUUAGCACAGACCUCUACGAUCUUUACCUCAGUCAAUGCAAUUUGAGAGGUCAAAUUCCAGAUUUUUCAGGCUAUCAAAACCUGGAGAUCUUAGAUCUAUCUGGAAACAAACUCAAAGGACCAAUACCUGAUUGGCUUGGCCAACAUGAUCCUUUAAAUGUUUUAGAUAUUGGCUUCAAUGACUUGAGUGGUACGCUUUCAAAAAAUCUUGGUGAGCAUGCUUUCAAGCUUUUGGAUUUGUCUCAUAAUUCAAUUACUGGAGACAUAUCGAACAUGUUCCUAAACAAUGGGGCAAUACUCAUGUCAUUUAACAAAUUCAAAGGACAGCUUCCUCGAGUAUCAGAAGGGGUCGUAGCUUUAGAUUUAGCUUUCAAUGCUUUUUCGGGGUCUUUAUCUUCUUUAGUGUGUCACACUGAGGCUAACCAGAAUCCUUUGAAGUAUUUGGACCUAACAAAUAAUUUUCUUGCCGAAGUACUUCCAGAGAUUGUUGGACCAAUUGGCCAUUGUUGUCUUAUAUAUACUUAG